AUGCCUACAACGCCCCAGGUGGAAAUUCCUGGCGAAACGCCUGAAUCGGCUCACCCCCCCGCGACUGCGACUGCGACUGCGACUGCCCCGGCGCCUGCAAACCACAAUUCCACCGAAGUGGAGAUGGGAGGAACCCAGGAUGCGACCUUCCAGGAUGCUCAAGGGCUUGAGCUUGAGCUCGUUGAGCCAGAGUCAGAGCCUCCGGUGAAGAAGAACGCACGCUUCAACUUCCUCGACUUCUUGACCUCCCCGGUUGUUGAGAUUGUGGUCGGAGAAGGCGACAAGCAGACGCGACGGAUAAAACUACCGGAAGAGGACGUCGAUGCUUUCGGUUGCUUUUUACAAUUCCAAUACACGCGCGAUUACACCGUGCCACAGCCCGAGUCUUCUACAGACCCUGCAGUAGGUGAUGGCUCCGAGAAGUUGCUCCGCCAUGCGCGAGUCUACACAUUGGCCGACAAGCUGGGGCUGCCAGCAUUGAAGAGUCUUGCCCAUAGCAAGAUCCAUAAGGUCAAGAGCUCGCCCCAUGCAGAGCAUCUGUAUGCUCGCUAUGUCUACACCAAUAUCCCCGCCUCAGACACCACGAUUCGAAAGCCAGUUGCCUCCUACUGGGCCAGCCACAGCCAUACGUUACGCCAUGAAAUUGGUGAUAACUUCAAGAAACUCUGUCUCGAGGUGCCGGAAUUCUCUUUCGAUGUCUUGACUCUAAUCCUGGACCGGAAGGAGAAGCAGAUACCGUCCGACGAGAUCAAGGGGAGUGCGCGCAAGCGAAGAAGAGAUCUAUAA